CGCUGCGUACAUCCCAUCGUCGGUGAGUUUGCUGUUCUUUUUAGAUGCUCACAGAGAAGCCCUUUGGAACCCGAACAGAAGGAGUCCCAAACAGUCGGUGACGGGCCCGGACGGCGCGGGCUAGGGGCCUGACGGGGCGUCAUUGCGGAGCAUUGGCAACUUGCAUUAUCCACUCCGAACGGCCCCCCAAAAGCCCCAACCUCCAGCGAAAGCUCAGCUUCCCCGGCCGGAUGCCCCGUAAUCACGGAGAGAAACCCGUCGCAACCGCUCCGGGCGUGACCGUUGCAUCACGGCGAUUUUGUCCGCGCCCGCCGAUUCACACUAACGUCUUCCCUUUGUGAUCGGUGCCUGCCCGUACCGUACCGGUACCGCUACCAUAUACCCGUGCGCCCCCGCUGACCAACUGCCCUUCCUCUGCAGGCUUGACGCAUCCCAAUUAUUAGAUGUCGAUUUGACCGCCGCUACCUUCCUCUCGCCAUGUCGGUAAAAGAACACCACAGCACUGUUGGUGCCAUCGCCGAGGCUGUCGCCGAAGCUGCCCACGGUGACUUGCCCGGUACCAAGGGCCACCAUCCCAUCUCGGCCGUCAUUGGUACUGCCAUCACCGGCGGCAGGCAAAAUGCCGGCACUAAGGGCUAUUUGACUGUACGUCAUCCCGUUACUCCUAUUCCACAUGCGCGUCCUGGAUGCGCUCAUACGACAACACCAUGAAGUCGAACAGGCCUACCUCAAGCAGCUGGAGACCAACCCCCUCCGUACCAAGAUGCUCACUGCCGGUACCCUGGCAGGUAGUCAAGAAUUGCUCGCAUCAUGGCUCGCCAAGGAUCGCAACAAGAAUGGCAACUACUUCACGGCCCGCGUCCCCAAGAUGGCCACCUACGGCGCCCUUGUUAGCGCCCCCUUAGGCCAUUUCCUCAUCUGGAUCCUUCAGAAGAUGUUCCAGAACCGCAAGAGCUUGAGGGCCAAGAUCCUCCAGAUUCUUGUCAGCAACUUGAUUGUUGCCCCGAUUCAAAACUCGGUAUAUCUUGUUGCCAUGGCCAUCAUUGCCGGCGCCAAGACAUGGAAGCAAGUCCAAGCGACCGUACGUGUCGGCUUCUGGAAGGUCAUGAAGGUCAGCUGGCUCUCAUCGCCCCUCUGCCUGGCCUUUGCCCAGAAGUUCUUGCCCGAAGCAGCCUGGAUGCCCUUCUUCAACCUUGUUUCCUUCUUCAUCGGUACCUAUAUCAACUACAUUACCAAGAAGAAGCGCCUCGCCGCUUUGCGCAGGAAGCACUUCGGCGACGGUGCUCACGGCGAUCAUAGACAUGAUCGUGAGCGGGAGCGUGAUCGUGAGCGUGAGCGCCAUAGCAGCCCCCCUCACGGCCACGGCCCUUCCCACGGCGGCCGUCCCAUCAACCCUACUCUCGGCAGCCAUCACGGAGGUGGUCCCGUCCCGCCUCCUCAGGACUACCCCUCUCUCGGCCAGAACCCCCGUUACUAAGCAAAAAUGCUUCAUCGGGCCAGCUCAAGUUACGAUGAUGGACAUCGAGUUCGAGCUGCGGAUGGAUCGUGACUGCUAUGUGAACACACUGCCCCGGGAUUACCCCUGAUAUAUGAUACCAAUUAUGAGAGUGGGGUCCUCGUUGAACCAACAUCCGCGCCAGUCCGCCAGGUAGGCCCACCACAACAAGACAGGUACAACCCAGCCACACACAUAGAGCGACACUAAUACAACGGAUCUCCUGACGAAACGAUUAUGUGUAGAUGAAGAUACCUGGGGUUGUACACUGGAGAGAGGAGAAUUAAGGAAGAAACGAGAUCUUUUGAAAACUGGCUUCUUUUACAACCUUUUUUUGCAAGGCGCGGGAAAAAGCCGGAGCAAGUUGGAUGCUGCGUGUGAAUGAAUGUAUUAUCUCUGUUAUUACGUGUGCUUAUUCGACGAUGUAUACUUGAAUGUGUCACUGAGAUGUCCGCGUUUACUGUUUGUGAACUCCUGCUCUGAUCUCCAUUCUCGGUCCCUAGACUACAUGUUCUAGUUCUCGGUAAUUGGGAAGGGGGAUGGAAUGAUGAAAAGACGUUACCCUUGAUACAGGUACACCCGCUCUUCUCGCUUCAGCGGAAAAUGAAAUCUGUUUUAGCACUUGGAUCAGACUCCACAACUCCAAUUGAGCCUAGUCACAUC